AUGUGGCGGACGCUGGCCCUCGCCUCCGCCUUCUUCCCGGGGCUCUUCGCCCUCUGCAUCCGGUUGCUGCGCUGGGCCGCCCCGGGAUGGAGCCUCAAGGACCGCAUCCUCCUCAGCGGCAGGUUGGUGUCAACGGUCCAAGCCACGAUGGCCACGGUGUCGGGGAUCACGGUUGUCCUUAACUGCAAGGACGUGGUGUACGACAGGCACUGGCUGGCCGUGGAGUACAUCUGGGUCCUCGUUCCCUACAUGACCUACGACAUUUACGUCAUGUACCUCUGUCACUGGCACAAGAGCUGGGACAAGGGAGUCGUGGAGAAGAAGCACUCGCUGGCCAGCGUGCGGAGCUUCCUCCUGCAGGAGCGGCUGAUGGUGACCCACCACCUCUUCAUCCUUGUCGUGCUCACCCCCAUCACCCAGCACUUCAGGGGAGAGCUGGGGGACUUCUUCGUGGGCUGCAUCUUCACAGCAGAGCUGAGCACACCUUUCGUAUCGCUGGGCAAAAUCCUCAUGCAGCUCAAAAUGCAGGACACGCUCCUGCACAAGGUGAACGGGAUCCUCAUCCUGGUGACCUUCUUCCUCUGCCGUAUUCUCCUCUUCCCCUUCAUGUACGCAGCCUACGCCAGGCAGGUGGGAAUCCCCGUUUACAUGGUGCCUUUCCGCAUCCCCCUGCACUGCAACAUAGCCAACGCCUCCCUCAUCGCCCCCCAGCUCUACUGGUUCAGGCUCAUCUGCCGCAAAGCCGCCCGACUCUACGGCAGCUCACCCGCUGACAAAAGCAGAUAGCGGCG